UUGCCCCUAGCGCUGUCCUUGCUCCGUGGUGGCCGCCUCCGCCGCGUGCUCGAUGCCGCCGCCGUCGUCGCUCCCCUGGCUCUGCGGCUGCUCGGCGGACUCCGUCGCUGCCGCCGCCUCGAUCGCCGUGCCCCGCACGAAUAGCCAUGCGGCAUCCGCGGCAGCGGCGGCUUCUUCGUCCUCGGCCGGGCUCGCCUCCGCCGCGCGGCAGAUUAGGCAGGCUCGUGAUGUCUUCGUGGCAAAAGAGGCAGUCUUGCAAAAGAAGAUUUCACAAGAGAUGGAAAGGGCCAAGGAGUUCACAAAGUCGGGAAACAAACAAGCAGCAAUGCAGUGCUUGAAGAGGAAAAAGUACUAUGAAAGCCAAAUGAGCCAGGUUGGAAGUGUCCAGUUACGCAUUAAUACUAAGGAGAAAAUGAUCGCUGAUCACAUGGGAAACAAAUAACACAAAACGCUCCUGGGCAGCAAGCGAACUUCCAUGACUAGUAUAAGUUGAAUUAUGAAAGAAUCAGCAUAUGAUUAGAGCAGGAGUUGCCGACUUGGAUACUUGUACUGUUUCUAUCUAAGCAUCAAAACCCUGAAUGUGAAUAUGCCACCUGAGUGGAUCUAUUUCAGCCUCCCCUUCCAAAUCUGCAUUUCCUUUUUUAUUCUCUACUGUCUCUGUUUCUGAUGCAUGCCUUGUGGUGCUGUACAGCUGUGCUACCAGAUUUGACUCCAUUUUCUAAUAAGAGAAUGUCCAGCACUUCAACCGAUCUUA